ACUGUUGAGUAAAGACCUGUGUAAUGUGUCCUUCUGGUUUGGUGUUACAAGGGAAGUAGUCUUAUGAGAUCUGAGAGAAGUGGACUGAGAGCGCCAACCACAACUUCCCCUCUGGCUGUGCAUAACACGCAGAUCUGAGCUGUAGGGAAGGCAGACCAGCUACUUCUUCAGUGUGUUUUCUGCGCUGUAGUCCCGCCGAGAAAAUAAAGAAGCCCACCCGCCCGACAUCUGUGUGGAGCCGCCGUUACCGUCGCCAUGUGGGACAGGGGCAUGUUGCUAUCGACCGUUUGUCUAUGGAUGAGUUUUGGAAAUGCUGCGGCUAUGCCCGAUUCUCACAUCUGUUACAUCCUGGACGGCAUUCUGUUUGUCUACGGCAUCAUCCUGACCGCCAUGUACUGCAGACUCACGGUCUUCAAUGCUAAACAGAAAAAAGCUGAGGCCAUAAAGCCAACUGAAGAGUCCAUCUAUACGGGUUUGUCUCCUCAUCCCCAGGACACAUACGAGACCAUCGGUCAAAAGAAAUGAAAUGGUGCCUUCACUCUUGCACCAUGUCGACCCAUAGCUUCUUGGGGAACAUUUGUCAAGAGAGAAUAGUUUUGUAGCAGCAUCGCCUUCUGAAUGUUUUUCUUUUUUUUUUUACAAUUCAACACGGGUAAAAACAGAAGUUUAACAGACACGCAAGUCUGAAACAAGGAAGUUGAACCAAAAAAAAAAAAAGAGCUGUUCUUAUCUUUCCCUGGUCAGUCUUCUUUAUUGUACAUGAAACCGAGUGGCUCUGCAAAAACAUGUUGUAUUACUGGAUUCUAUUUAAACACAUAUUGUCGGCCAUUUUAAUGCCUUAACGGCAUGCUAUGCUGUAAUGUCGUCUAAUAAAGGGUUU